AUGACUUAUGUUCGUAAAUUUGUCCGUCCAGAUUUAUUUAUUACUUUCACAUGCAACCCGGAAUAUGUUGAAUGGCAAAAACGAGAUUUGCCACACUGUCACAUUCUUUUGUGGUUACAAACGAAAAUUCAGCCAGAUGAAAUUGAUAAAAUUAUUUCUGCCGAGAUAUCAAACAAAGACAGAGAUCCUAUACUUAAUGAAAUAGUAUGCAAGAAUAUGAUUCAUGGCCCAUGCGGCAAGUUAAAUAUUAGAUCGCCAUGUAUGAAUAAUGGAAAAUGUAGUAAGAAAUACCCUCACAAAUUGGUCAAGGAUACUCAAACUGGAGAUGAUGGUUAUCCGACUUACCGACGGAGAUCAUCAGAUGAUGGAGGUUAUACUGCAAUAUUAAAAGUUCGUGGUCAAACAGAAAUCGUGGUUGACAACCGAUGG